AUGUUCCUUCUCAAGUAUUCUCAAGUUAAUGAUGACGUUCCAACAAAUUUUGACGGGAGAGAACAAGGUGCUGUCACUGAUGUUAAGAACCAAGGCACGUGUGGAUGCUGCUGGGCAUUCUCAACCGUGGCAGUUGUAGAAAGUAUUACGCAAAUCAAAACCAGUAACUUGAUCUCAUUGUCGGAGCAACAAUUGCAUGACUGUGAUCAACAAAGCUACGGGUGUAAAGAAAGUUAUAUGGAUAAUGCCUUCAAAUCUAUAAUACAAACCAAUGGUAUCGUUAGUGAAGCGGAUUAUCCAUACCAAGAAGUUCGUUAA